AUGCCUUCCGUAAAGCUAUACUUCACUGCGCUGUUGACCGCAGUCCGCGCCGGUGAAUUCGUCCUGCCUCGAGCUGUAAUACCACCUCCAGUUGCCGCCAAUGCAAGCAUAUAUACGGACUGCGCAAAUGCAGCAUGGCCACCGUCGGGAGUGGGAAAGGAAUUAGUGCCCCAGGCCCCUUCGGAAGAGCUCAAGGAAAUGCUCAAAGAGAUCGAUCCCGCAAACAUCGAAGCAUACAUCAAAAAGCUGGUGUCUUUUGGCACAAGGCAUACGCUCUCGAUCCAGAACAGCACUACACGAGGCAUUGGAGCAGCACGGGACUGGAUAUACUCCGAAUUCAGCAAAUUCGCGGACAAGUCGGAGGGACGCAUGACAGCGUCUAUUCAGAGUUACACUCAAGGUGUAGCUUCACGAAUCCCCUUCCCAGUCAAGAUCUCCAAUGUGCUUGCUACAAUCAAGGGCUCGACAUCCCCGGACAGAGUAUACGUAAUAUCUGGUCACUAUGACAGCCGCGUCACCGAUGUACUGGACUACACUUCCGAUGCCCCCGGCGCCAAUGACGAUGCAUCUGGCACCGCGCUGGUAAUGGAACUCGCCCGCAUCCUAGCAACCCGCCAACCCGCCUCAACCAUCAUCCUCGCCGCCGUAUCCGGCGAAGAGCAAAACCUCUACGGCUCCACCUUCCUCGCCCAGACCCUCAAGAACGCCAGCACAAACGUCGAAGCCAUGCUAAACAACGACAUCGUCGGCUCCUCGACGGGUGACCGCGGCCAACGCGACCCCUUCACCGUCCGAGUCUUCGCGCAAGGCCCGCCCCCCUCGGAAUCCGCCGCCACGGCCGCGAGAAGACUACAGAUUGGCGGCGAGAACGACAGUCCCGCACGGAACCUGGCGCGCCUCUCGGCAGAAGUGGCCGCCAACGAUGCAACGGGCAUGGGAAUCGCAAUCGUCUACCGUCUGGACCGCUUCCUGCGCGGCGGGGACCAUACGCCUUUUCUCCAGGCGGGCUACCCUGCUGUGCGGUACACGGAGCCCAACGAGGACUUUGCGCACCAGCAUCAGGAUGUGCGGACCGAGAAUGGGACCGUGUAUGGCGAUCUCAUCGAGUUUGUCGACGUUGAGUACACGGCUCGCGUGGCGAGGGUGAAUCUCGCAACGUUGUGGAGUUUGAGCCAGGCGCCGGGGAUGCCGCGGAAUGUUACUAUCGAUACGUCGGUGCUGGAUAAUGAUACGAGGUUGAGGUGGAGGGUGAGUGAGGAGGCGGAGGGGUAUGAGGUUGUGUGGCGGGCGACGACCGCUCCGUUGUGGACGAAUGUGCUGGAGGUGGGAAAGGUUGGUGAGGUGCGGGUGCCGUUGAGUAAGGACAAUGUGAUUUUUGGAGUGAGGGCCGUGGGGAAGAAUGGGUAUAGAAGUCCAGCGGUGUUUCCUUUCCCGCCGCCUUCGUGA